UCUAUUAUAAUAUACUUAACUAUUUAUUAAAUAUUAUUAAUUAUUUAAUAAUUACUUUUACCAAAGUACUAAACCAAAUAAACUAAAUCUUUAAUAAUUUGUAUUAUCUUAUUCAGAUACCAGGCAUUGUAAUUUAUUGGAAUGCCGUAUUAAAUAUUCAAUUGGUUAUUUAUUUAUAUAUGUCUACUUCAAUGUCUGUCACCAAGUCUUAUACAAAUCGGUUAAAAAGUGAUGUGAAAUGUAUGCUGGAAAAUUUUGAAGGUAUUGUAAAACUAUGCAAGACUGAAGAUGAUCAAACACAAAUUUCUAAAGCUACUCGAAGCGAAUUGAUAGCAUUUGAAAUGGAAGUUAGAGCAGCCAACAUCGUUCGUGCUGGUGAAUCGCUUUUGAAACUGGUUUCAGAUAUGAAGCAAUAUCUUAUAUUGAAUGAUUUUCCAUCGGUCAAUGAAGCCAUUGCUCAAAAUUCAAAACUUUUUCGCACCAAACAAGUGGAAUGCGAUCGCAAACUAACAAGUCUAGUUGAUGAUAUGUCAACAGAACUAUAUGAACUCGAAGAAGAAUAUUAUACAUCAAAUUAUAAAUAAAGAAUUGCUAUAAUGAAAUCAAUGAAUAGAUUUCCACAUUCCAAACAUUUUAAAUAAAUCAAAUCAAGUUAAGAAAUGCUGAAUAUUGGAUUUAUACAAACAAAAACAAAUAAUUAUGUACUCUAGUAUUGAGUUAUUACAAAUAUAAAUUAAAUUUCAAAAUAGUUGUAUGUAGUUCAGGAUAUAUCACAACAAUUUAAAGUUAUUAAAUGCUGAUUCUUGUAAAA